UUGCUAUAAAUUAUACGUGGAAAAUUGCAAUCUAAAAAAAAAAACAAAUUGCUUGGACUUUGUAUUUGUGCGCGGCUUAACGGGUUGUCUGCGUAUGUGUAUGCAUGUCUCCAAACGCAUCUGCACACAUAUAUAGUGAGUGGAAAAUGUUCAAAGUGCGAAAAUUUCAAUUUCACACGGGCGAAAGCCAAUGUCGCUCCUUCUCCAUAUGGAACUUCUGCCCAAGCAGACGCUGGGAGCAGCUGUGGGAGCUCAUCGACAGCUGUACGCCCUGCCGUUACGAGUUCUUCCCCUACAUCUUCUGGUUGGUCCUGCUUAUCAGCGUGACGGGAGCCUAUCGAAGCCUCGGCGAAUGCGUCCACAUCUAUUGCAUCUCCAAUCAAUCACUGGACAUGUGGCGACCCCGCAAGUUUUACGUAAUCAACAUGGACGUUCUGCGCAUGAGCCGAAUGGUAGGCGCCAUUAUCAACAGCUAUGCCUGGCUGCUAAUGAUUUAUGCGCUUAUCAAUACUAAGCCAGAUUUCAUGAUGCCAUGGCUAAUAUUGAAUACCAUCAUGCUGGGUCUGGACUUUUUGUUCUGGGUGUUAGAGGUGCUAACAGGGCGAUUGACACUGCAUUUGAGCUCUAUUUUGUCCAUGCUUUUAUUGCUCUGCACCCUGGCUCUAGUCAACUGCGUCAAGACGGUGUUUCAGAAUGCGAUUAAAUACAAUAUGGUGGAAACCCUAAGAUUAUUAGGGCCGGAAUUGAUAUCACUCUUUUUUUAGGCCAUGUCAGAUUGGGAACAACUCAACUUCAACUUCAAAACGCAGCGCGAACCCCAAGUGGCAGCUCAGUACAAAGUACAAGCUGUAGCACCUUUUGGGUCUCAUUAAAUUGAAUGGUUAUCAUUAAAAA